AUGUCUUCCAGCGAGCCUAUUCAGUCUCAAGAUCUAGAGUUCCCUCCGGUUCAAGUUGAUCGCUCACUUACUAGGCUCGAUCUUGAAACACUCAUGAUGAGGUCGACGCAACGUCGGCAGCCAGAAGAGGCGGGCAGCACUCUCGAUGACAGCAGCUAUGAUCUGCUCGGCGACGGCAUCAUUGACAUGUCCGACGACGAAGCACACACUGAGUCCAUCGCGUCCACCGACGGUCCUACCCCGGAUGACACGUCCGACGACUACAGUGAUGACGACGGCGAGUAUGAUACCGUCGAGCGAGGCUUGCAAGAUAGCACAUACUCCUCACACGCUGAGCACCACGAGCACCCCGCCCAAGUACACCCCAUACUGUCCGGCGAGGACUCUAGUCUGACAGAGGUGCCCCCGUACCUAAGUGGGAGCAUGAGCCCAAGGCAUUUCAUACUCCACGAGCGAGCCACAAGCAACGCCGAUGUAACUCACGGAAGCAGUGUCAUAAAGAGCUCAGCGGGUUACACAGACGAGCUUCCACCCGUGUUCGAACGUUAUGGUUGCAAAGAGAUCAGACUGUCGGUCAAAGCAGCCUUGUCUCAACAACCCCUUACCACCCCCGACACGUACCGAAUACUUUACGUUGGCAGUGGAAAGUGGGCAGAAGGCACCAUCACGUCCAAGAUCGGCGCGGCACUCGCUGCCUACCCUGACGCUUCGAAGACGGUCAUGGUCCGCGGUCAGGUCGAGCCAUACGCUCCAGUCCCACACACUGACCGUUGUGCCGACAUGUUGGUCUACAAUGCUGGCCACAUUCGCGUGCUCACCGAAGAUGGUCGCUAUCUGGUGUUCGGUUCUGGCGUCUCUGCUCGCUCUCAAGAUCGACCAGACCUUGUCAUCCUAUGUCACCCAAGCGUCCUUGACCACACUGCUGACAAGCAAGAUCUUGCAUCUGUUAAGAAAGUAUUUGAUCGCGAAGCAAUUCCAUGCAUCGAACUUGCUGAGACUAACCCAUUCGGGGCCGGGUCUUCUGCUGACAACAACACGUCGUUGCGAGUAUGCGUAGAAGGUCGGGGGAACCCAAACACUGACUACGAGCUGAAGGAAGUGCUGCCUCUUGACAUCCACCAAUUCGAUCAACUUGAGCCAUCCCAGCUUAACCGCCACCUCGCACUGAUUAGUCCUCAUCUAGCGACGGCCCAACACACAAAGGCUUUGACUGCCCGUAAGUCGUGGCUCGGCGAGAAGACCCAUGCCCGUAUGAAGAAGAUUGGUCCGCAUCUACACUGGGCUAGGUGGCUAGCAUCUGCCAUUGUUCUAUUCGCUCUUGUUCCUGCACUGCUUCAGCAUACAGCCUACCUCCCUAUGCUCUACCAGAAAGUAUCGCAGAUUCAGUCGGUAUCGCCAGCCGUGUCUGAGGCACAGAGCAUUAUGUCUACAAUCACACCCAUAGCGGCAGUGUCUUCAAGCACGGUUCAUUCCCCAUUAUCGUCUCCUACUUCAACUCCGACAGCAUUUCAAGGAGGUCUCACCAUCGUCCCCCCUCAGCAGAAGCAACCUCACCGAAAGCCAAAGGCAAAAAACGACCAAGUUGAAGGUUUUGAGAUCCAGACUACUGGGGAUCAUCAGUUCAUUCUGCGUCCUUCAAAGACGUUCAGCUCGAGCCGGAAGAAGCCUCAGCUCCAGAUUCAUGUUUCCCACCAGUCAGAAGAGGUUCCAGCACGCUACAACCGAACCAUCACUGGCGAGUACAUUGUCGAUCUGGAACAGCAAUACCGCUUCGACAAAUUCAACGUCAGUAUUGCCACCCACUCAAAGCCUCUCCUGCGGCAGUCCUUUGAAGUAAUGCUGGGACAUAACAAGACCGCACUGGAUCAACUUCUCGACACCGCCAAGUUGAACAUGUUCGAUACACAGAUCGCCCUUCUAAACGUCUCAGCUACAGCAGCACAAGCAGUGCAAGUAUACAUGGCUGGCUUAGAUGCGUACGCCUCGAAACAGCUUCAAGAAACUAAGAACCGACUGGAGAUGAAGACGCGACGGGCAAGACAGAUCCCAGAAGCUACAUGGAUGGGAUUACGAGACAUAACCGCGCCAGUGCGGACGUCGUCAGCGAUGAAGAAGGCUAGGAUGAAUGCUCUUCGCGUCAGGUGCAAGAUGGAAAUGGCAGCAGGUUUAUCUGCCAGGGGAGAUGGGGAAAAGCAGAGCUGGGCUUGUGCAAAGGCAGCGGCGUAUGUAGGACUCGAAGGCAAACAUGAAGGUGCAGAGUUAUACCCAUGGGAUUUGAUUGGGAUACUGGGAUGUAUGUCGAAAAUGUCUGAAGCAGCCAAGCCCGACCCCGCCGCCGAGCAGGUCGCCAACCCUGCGGCGACUCUUGUCCAGGACGAGACCGCAAAGGUCACAACAGACAAGGCUGCCGACAAGCCUGAGACUACCACUACCACCGAGAGCAAGGAUGACAAGCCCAUCACCGAGAAGGCGACAGAGGCAGCAGCCGCAGUGAAGGACAACGUCUUCUCCAUGUUUGGUGGCGGCCCCGCAAAGAUCAAGAAGGACGAGGAAGACGACGCCAACGAGCCAUCAGGUGCCUCGAAGCCCAAGGGCGAUGACGAAGACCCCGAGAACGAGGAGCCCGAUGUCGAUUUCCAGCCCGUUGUCCACCUCACCGAGAAGGUCGACACCAAGACCAACGAGGAGCUCGAGGAGCAAGUCUUCAAGAUGCGCGCCAAGCUGUUCAAGUUCGACAGGGAGUCGCGGGAGUGGAAGGAGCGUGGCACUGGUGAUGUCCGGUUAUUGAAGCACAAGGAGAACGGCAAGACCCGUCUUGUCAUGCGACGAGACAAGACACUCAAGGUCUGCGCCAACCACUACGUUGUCCCCGACAUGAAGCUGUCGCCCAACGUAGGCAGCGACCGCAGCUGGGUCUGGAACGCCGCCGCCGAUGUUAGCGAGGGCGAGCCCGAGGCUCAGACUCUGGCUAUCCGUUUCGCCAACAGCGAGAACGCCAACCAGUUCAAGGAGGCUUUCAUCAAGGCCCAACAGGAGAACGAGGCGCUUUUCGGCAAGUCGGAGCAGUAG